AUGGGUCAAGGCUACUCCCUCACUACCCUGUCCGCGGGGUCAGCGGGGAUCGAUGUGCCGGAGCUUUCAGACCUGGUGUAUGAGAAGUCGAUGGGUGGGGGCAGGUUCAUGAAGAGCAUCCGCGCGCGACAGCUGAAUGGCCUGGUCUUCGUCAAGGUUAUUAUGAAACCAUACCCGACGAUGCAGCUGGAGCCAUAUGUGAAAGCCAUCAUUCGGGAACGCACGCUUCUAUCAGACGUGCCAAACGCAUUGAGCUACGAGAGGAUCCUGGAGACCAGUACUAGUGGGUAUUUGGUCCGACAAUACAUCCACAGCUCUUUGUACGAUCGGAUGAGCACUCGUCCAUUUCUAGAAGACAUUGAAAAGAAAUGGAUUGCAUUCCAACUAUUAUGUGCACUGCGUGACUGUCAUUCCUUGGACGUGUUCCACGGUGAUAUCAAGACCGAGAACGUUCUGGUCACGUCAUGGAACUGGCUAUAUCUCUCCGACUUUUCUUCCUCGUUCAAACCAACAUUUCUUCCAGAAGACAACCCAGCAGACUUUUCUUUCUACUUUGACAUCUCCGGGCGGCGAACGUGUUAUCUGGCACCCGAGCGAUUCCUUGAGGCCGGAGAAGAGCCAGGGAAUCGUCACGUCAACUGGGCAAUGGACAUCUUCAGCGCCGGCUGCGUCAUUGCAGAGCUCUUUCUCGAGUCUCCGAUUUUCACGCUCAGUCAGAUGUACAAGUAUCGCAAAGGCGAAUACAGCCCAGAGCACAGCCAGUUGGCGAAGAUUGAAGACCCAGAGAUCCGGGAGCUGAUCUUACACAUGAUUUCACUGGACCCAGAAUCCCGAUAUUCAGCCGAGGAGUAUCUGAACUUCUGGAAGAACAAAGCUUUCCCCGAAUAUUUCUACAGCUUCCUUCAUCAAUACAUGUCUCUCAUGACGGAUCCAUCUUCAGGGAGAACGAAGGUGGAUGCUGAAUCCACCAACCGAGGCGAAACCGAUAACAGGAUUGAGCGAGUCUGCUUCGACUUUGACAAGAUAUCCUAUUUCCUUGGCUCCACAUCCCGAGGCUCUCGAGAUGCAUCCAAUCCCGGUGUCUCUCGACUCACAGGAGACAUUCUCCCGGUAAAACUCGAUCUGCCCAAUAGCGGAAACCAAAUGUUGGGAACAUCAUCGCAGUCCGACGAGGGCGUUUUGAUCUUUUUGACACUGGUUGUCUCCAAUCUUCGGACCACAGCCAAGGCUUCGGCUCGGAUAAAAGCAUGCGAUAUUCUUCUGGCCUUUGCAGAACGGCUAUCCGACGAAGCAAAGCUCGAUCGAGUUCUCCCUUAUAUCAUGAUUCUUUUAGCGGACCGCACAGACUCCGUCAAGGUCGCCGCCAUUCGCACGCUAACUCAAUUACUGGAGAUGGUCCAUGUGGUUUCCCCAGUCAACGCCUAUCUAUUCUCCGAAUACAUCUUCCCAAGGCUACAGUCUUUCAUCGUAUCAUCCAAGCAUAAUCCGAAACCCUUGGUCCGUGCUGCGUAUGCCUCAUGCAUUGCAUCACUGGCACAGUCAUCCCUAAGAUUCUUGGACAUGAUUCAAGCACUGCGUUCCGACUCUCGCCUGACGGCGCUGAUUCCCGUCGGCUUUGAGCCACGGUGGACCGAGGAUGCCACUUAUCAUAAUCUUUACGAUGUUGCUCGAAUUGAUUUACUGGAGUACUUUGAGGUCCACACAAAAGCGCUUCUCACAGAUACGGAUGCGUCUGUUCGUCGAGCCUUUCUGGGGUCCGUAUCCAGUCUCUGCGUGUUCUUUGGCAAUCUGAAAUCGAACGAGGUCAUUUUGAGCCAUCUAAACACAUACUUGAAUGAUCGUGACUGGAUCUUGAAGUGCGCUUUCUUCGAGGCCGUGGUUGGUGUCGCCGCAUACGUGGGAAACAUUAGCUUGGAGCAGUACAUUCUUCCCCUAAUGGUCCAAUCUAUGACUGAGCCUGAAGAAUUUGUCGUGGAAAAAGUGAUUCGCUCGCUUGCAGCCAUGGCUGAUCUUGGGCUGUUUCAACGGUCCACAACUUGGGAUCUGCUUUAUAUUACUGUUGGCUUCUUGGUGCACCCAAACAUUUGGAUUCGCGAGGCUACUGUGAACCUUGUGGUCAAGACCACGAAGUUUAUGUCGAAGGCGGAUAUCUAUUCGAUUCUAACGCCUCUUAUUCGACCUUUUCUUAAAGUCCAGAUCGUCAGGUUUUCUGAGGCCGAUCUUCUUGACGCUCUCAAACGUCCAAUAUCCAGAAACAUCUACGAAAUGGCUUUCAUUUGGGCAUCCAAGGCUGAUAAGGGUCUUUUUUGGAAAUCAUCGAGCCGUGAAGGGGCAUUCAGCUUCUCCGAGCCCGGUAGUCAUAGCUCUCGCGUGGGACGAACUUCUACAUUCAUGCUAGGCGCUCAAUCGAAGAACGAUGAAGAUGAGCAGUGGCUCUCCAAGCUGCGGAACCUUGGCAUGAGUCCAGAGGAUGAACUCAAGCUUCUUGCACUUCGAGACUACAUUUGGAGGGUAUCGCUGCGCCAAUCGAGAGAUGUCGAUACUGAUCCAUCUAUACCGUUGAAUGAUAUUAUCAGUUUAUCGCAACAUGGGGUCACACCCCAAACAGUCUUCUUUGACAAGAACCUCAACGAAAAGACACGAAAUUCACCAGUUGUUCGGAAUGAAGGUCGCAUUGCCGAUGACAAUAAGCCGAGAACUAUCGCGGAUGCACUGCUUGAUGCCUCUACAACAAUUGAGCGAGGACCCGGCGCUCAUCGCAAACAUGCUCGAGCCAGAAGUCAACUUCACAAAGAGCUAGAAAUUCCACGUCCAGGUCGCCUGGAUCAUAUUGGGGUCGAUUCUUCGGCUGCAUCCCCCGUUGCAUCGUCUCCUGCUGCAGGUCCUGGGUCUCGUGCAAUGUCUCCUCCAGGCUCCGAUCUUGAUCGGGAUCGAAUUCCUGUCAGUCGCCGGCUGAGCUCUGGUCAAGAGAGCUCAUCAACAACUCCUACCAAUACCGACACCCUUUCUAUCAGAGGCGACAGAGUCCAACGAAAGUCAAGCGCAAUCAACCUUCUCGGUCGCAACGAAACUACCAAAACAUACGCAGAAACCAGCACAAGCUCGGCAAAUGCGUUUGGGAAGGUGGAUGCACCCACGAAUCGAGGAGGAACUCCUCAGCCAUCGCCUCUCUCCCACGCCUACGAACGGAAACCGGUCCAGGCACCUGCACGACGAUACCGUGCCAAUCAUUCCUAUGCGGGUGAUGAUCCCGUGGUUCUGCAGCUAUUGGACAAUGUGUUUGCAGAAAAUUAUCCGACUGAUCUAUUUGAUCUCGGGCCUUAUGUCAAAGAGCUGGACCCUCGACUGCCUAUCCGUCAACCCAAUACCCAAGACCCCACGAAGAUGUGGAGGCCCGAAGGGCAUCUGGUGGCCACCUUUGGUGAACACAGCGGGCCGGUGAAUCGCAUUGCUGUGCCUCCGGACCACUCGUUCUUCGUCACGGCAUCCGAUGAUAGUACAGUCAAGAUCUGGGACACGACUCGCCUUGAGCGUAAUUUGACCCCGCGCUCCCGCCAGACUCAUCGGCAUGCGUCUGGGGCACGGGUGAAGGCACUGACGUUUGUCGAGAAUACCUAUACUUUCGUCAGCGGCGCCACCGAUGGCAGCAUUCAUGCCGUCCGAGUUGACUACCAGAAAGUCAAUGAAACUGCCCGGUAUGGAAAGCUCCAGAUCGUGCGCGAAUAUCAGCUCCCAGUGGCCGAGAAUGGAUUACCCGAAUAUGCUGUCUGGAUGGAACAUUUCCGGGACGAGGGCCAGUCAACGCUGCUAGUUGCCACUAAUACCUGCCGAAUCAUCGCACUGGACAUGAAGACCAUGUUACCCAUCUACACACUUGAAAACCCAGUCCACCAUGGAACCCCGACUACGUUUUGCUGUGACCGGCGGCACACUUGGCUACUUGUGGGAACGACUCAUGGCAUCAUGGAUUUAUGGGAUCUCCGUUUCCGUGUGCGAUUAAGGGCAUGGGGUCUUCCAGGUUGGGGGUAUGUCCACCGAAUCCAACUGCACCCGUUGAAGCCGCGAGGACGCUGGGUCUGCGUAUCCAGUGCCGGUUCCCGCGGUAAUCAAAUCACCGCAUGGGAUAUUGAAAAGUUCCGUUGUCGCGAGGUCUACCAGAUGGCACCACUGAAUCUCAAUGAAGGCACUUCCGGGGGGACGCAUCGAGGUACCUCUCGGCCUGCCGCUCUCCGUGGACAGCGCCUCAAUGUUAGGGACUUUGAGGCAUGGUCCGUUGACGACGAUCGACCGGAAGGCAUGCUUCGCCGAUUUGCCAACGCGCCUGCUGCAGCUGGAAUGGGUGCCGCCACCGAGGGUAACGGCUCUGCAUCUCCAACUCACACAUCCGGUGAUCAGCUCGGGACCUGGGCAUUUGUGGCGGGACUCAAUCCGCCCGACGACGACAAAGCGGCCAGCAAUAAAUGCGGGUUCAUCAUCUCAGCGGGAUGCGACCGGAAGAUUCGAUUCUGGGACCUUGCACGCCCAGAGACAAGCAUGAUUGUCAGUGGUGGAGACGCAACGAGCAAGCCGACCUACGAAAUAGCAUCGAUUGCAGCCAAUAUCCAAGUCGUCCUGGAACACCAGCCCUCGAACCCGGCGACCACCGGCAACACUGGUAACUCCAAGAAAGGCACCAGCCCGCGGCCGCCGCGCAGCACUGUCAUUAGUCUCCAGCAGCAGCAGCUUCUGAAAAGCCAUCUGGAUAUUAUCCAAGAUGUUGCGGUGCUGCGGCAGCCUUAUGGGAUGAUCGUGAGUGUUGACCGGGCGGGAAUGGUCUACGUCUUUCGAUAA